AUGUCGCGGCUAUGGACAUCGGAUCGGGAAAUUUCCAGGCGCGUGCUGUCUGGAGGACAAGUAGCACGGCAGACUGCGGGCAGCAGAACACAACGUCCACCUACAAGACAGAAGGCGGCUCCACACCCCAAGAGGAGUAACAGCAGUGUCUGGACAAGACGGGCGUUUACAGCCGGUCCGGAAAGCACGCAGGCAUUCAGGGGGCUGCCAUUCGAGGACAGCCCCACAACCGCAACCGUAGCCGCAACCGCAACGGUCGAAGGACUCGAUCCGCAUUUUACCACUGUUGUCCUUGUAGGGAAAUUGCAUUAUCAAAUCGCCGGAAUGGCCACCUGA